AUGGUUCAAGUUAUUUCGCUGACCCAAGAGUUUGAAGAGGCCUUGAAGUUCGACGGCCUCAUCGUCGUCGACUUCUUCGCCGAAUGGUGUGGUCCCUGUAAGGCGAUCGCCCCCGUGCUCGACCAAUUGUCCAACCGGUACAACUCGGUCAAGUUCAUCAAGGUCGACGUCGACCAGUUGACCGACUUGGCCCGCAAGUACGAAGUCAACGCCAUGCCCACCUUCAAGUUCAUCAAGAACGGCAAGGUCGUCGACGAAGUCGUUGGCGCCGACCCGAACAAGAUCGUGAGAGUGAUUGACACCCACAAGUAA